UAAAGUCUGUGUGCGUGUGCGUGUCGCUGUGAGUGAGGGUGACAGGCAGCCAAUCAGCACCUCCGCAGCUGUCUGCUCCCUCCCCUUGCAAGCCUCUGCUUGGCUCUCAAUAGUGCAUCGAUCAGCUGUGCUGCAAUUACUGCUGCUUAAAACCCUUCAGAGCAGGACAUUCAUCUGCGCUCCCAACCUUUACCAAGAUGACCCUCCAGGCAGAAUUUGACAAGGCAGCAGAGGAUGUGAAGAAGGUGAAGGCCAAGCCCACAGACGAGGAGCUGCUGUUCCUGUAUGGCCUUUAUAAACAGGCGGUUGUUGGAGACAUUAACACUGAGAGACCGGGAAUGCUGGACCUAAAAGGAAAGGCCAAGUGGGACGCCUGGGAGUCGAGGAAAGUUCGUCCAUUCGCCUCUGAGAAAGACUUUAAAGCUACGAAGGAGACUGUGAGGAAAUUCCAAGCGGGUGUUGGCCAGGAGCUGCACAAGAAACUCCUCCAGAGAGCCAAGACAAAGAAGAACUGGCUGGAAGAAUGGUGGUUGGACACGGCGUAUCUGGAGUUGCGCAUCCCCUCUCAGCUCAAUGUGAACUUUGGUGGCCCAGCACCCUACCUGGAGCACUGCUGGCCACCUGCUGAGGGAACUUACCUGCAGAGGGCCAGUAUUAUCACAUGGCACACACUGCAGUACUGGAACCUACUUCGCACAGAGAGGCUGGCUCCUCAGAAAGCAGGGAAAACGCCGUUGGACAUGGACCAGUUCAGAAUGCUCUUCUGCACCUGUAAAGUACCCGGAGUGAAGAAAGACACCAUCCGAAACUACUUCAAGACAGAGCGUGAGGGUCCGUGCCCCUCCCAUUUGGUAGUGAUGUGCCGGGGGAGGAUAUUCACAUUUGAUGCACUUUGUGAUGGAGAAAUCCUCACUCCUCCAGAAAUUCUCAGGCAGCUGAGCUAUGUGAAGGAGCGCUGUGACUCAGAGCCUGAGGGAGACGGCGUGGCUGUGCUCACCUCAGAGGAGAGGACUCGCUGGGCGAAGGCCAGAGAGCAUCUUAUAAGCAUCGAUCCACACAAUAACACCAUCCUAGAGACCAUCCAGAGCAGCUUGUUCGUCAUUUCUCUGGAUGAAGUGAAACCCUACUCUACCCCAGAGAACUACUCAAAUAUGACUGCAGAAGCUCUCACCGGCAACCCCACCAUCCGCUGGGGUGACAAAUCGUACAACUCAGUCGUGUUCUCAGAUGGCACAUUCGGAUCCAAUUGUGAUCAUGCGCCGUAUGAUGCUAUGGUGCUGGUGUCUAUGUGCUGGUAUUUGGACCAGCAGCUCAAAGCUACAGAGGGCAAAUGGAAGGGCUCAGAUGCAGUCAGACUGGUGUCCUUCCCCGAGGAGCUGGUGUUCACUAUGGAUGAAAAAGUCAUUGGCGAUAUCAGUCAUGCCAAAAAGCAAUACAUCGAGUCGGCACAAGACCUCCAGGUUGUGUGCUAUGCUUUCACAGCAUUUGGUAAAUCUACCAUCAAACAGAAGAAGCUCCAUCCAGACACUUUUGUUCAGCUGGCGAUGCAGCUGGCCUACUACAGACUGCACAAGAAGCCAGGAAGUUGUUAUGAGACGGCAAUGACGCGCAAAUUUUAUCACGGCAGGACUGAGACGAUGCGCCCCUGCACCCAGGAGGCUGUGAAUUGGUGUAAAACCAUGACGGACCCCACAUGCAAUGAUGGUGUCAGGAGGAAGGCCAUGCUGCAAGCCUUCAGUAGACACAACAACCUGAUGGCUGAAGCACAGGAAGGACAAGGUUUUGACAGGCAUCUUCUGGGGCUGUAUCUUAUUGCCAAGGAGGAGGGACGUCCAACCCCAGAAUUAUUUAUGGAUCCCCUUUACACAAAGAGUGGCGGUGGGGGUAACUUCGUGCUGUCAUCCAGUCUGGUGGGCUACACUACAGUUCUCGGGGCUGUGGCUCCCAUGGUGCAGCAUGGCUACGGCUUCUUUUACCGCAUCAGGGAUGACAGGAUUGUGAUCUCCAUGUCAGCGUGGAAAUCCUGCCAUGAGACUGAUGCUCCAUCACUGUUCAAUAGCUUCAGUAGCUGCCUGCAUGAGAUGCUCCACUUAGCCACCACUUCUCAGCUAUAAACCUACUUAAGCGGGGAAACAGGAUAAUUUAAUGACUCCUCUUUCAACCCACACAAAAUGAUCCCUUUGAGAACCGCCCGCUUCAAUAGAUGCAUUAUCAAAGGAUGGUAAUAAAAGGGUAAAAAAAAAAAAAA